UAAGCUAUAGAACAAACAAAAUUAAGCAAAAGAGAGGAAAUGAAAUAUAAAACAAAACGAAAACAGGAACAUAAACAGCAGAAAAACAAAUUCCCCGUCUUCCUCUCCUUUAAACGCCUGACACGCAGGCCAGACAGAAGUAAAAAUAAGGUAAAUGAUGCAUUGUCGUUUUUCCAUAGCCUACUGAAAUGAAAUAAUUUACCAUACCCUAUCAUAUUCAGUACCAGGAACAAAGUAAAACUUGGAGAGGCGUGGGUUCCGUACAGAUCCUUGAUCCAUGAUGCCUGACUCCUUACGUCAUCAAAUCCAAAUUUUACUCAAAGACUCAUUACCAGUUUUCUCCGCGAAAUUUUUAUUUCUCCCGGGACUCGGUCUGCACAUAGACAUCGAGACAAAGAUGGCCUUACUUUGCCUGGGAAUCAGGCGUUUGAAGUGCGCCAGUAUUAGUAGAUUCUUGAGUAGUAGUUCAACAGAAAGCAGCUCCUUCUUCAAGCUUGACGUAGACCAGAAAUCACAGUACGAGAGAGAUGGUUACUUAGCAGUUAAAAACAUUUUCAACGAAGACGAAAAGAAGGAACUUAUUGAAGCUAUGGAUGAGCUCAUUGAAAUGAGCACCGGUAAGACAAGCUCAGACAAGUACUUCAUAUUGGAAGAAAGUAAUUCGUCCGCCAAGACGCUAUUAAAAAGAUCACGUGUUAUCUGUCCAUCUCUUAUACAUCCUGUGUGGCACAAAGCUCUACGACAUCCGAAGCUUUUGGACAUAAUUUCACAACUGGUUGAAAGCUCUUCUAUUCGAUAUAUAAUGCAAGAGAAAAUACACAUGAAGUACCCCGGUGAAGACGGCUCCAUGGGAAUCAAGUGGCAUCAGGACUGGGCAUUCCUUCCUCACACAAACGACAGCAUUGUUACUGUUGGUUUGGCUGUAGAUGAUUCUACCAAGGAAAAUGGCUGUCUGCAGGUCGUUCCUGGAACGCACAAGGAGCCAAUCCUCUCUCACUUCAGGAAUGAUUCAUUUGUGUCAGAAAUCACGGACCCGACCUUUGACCCCAGUAACGCAGUACAUGUUGAAGUACCAUCCGGGGGCGCCUCGUUCCAUCACGUGCGAACUGCGCAUGCUUCAGGUCCUAACAACUCGACUCGCUCCAGGCGAGUGUGUUUCACUCAAUAUUGUUUUUUUUAA